CAGCGCGAGCGCGAACGCGCGCUCGGUGACUUCAAGAGCGGGCGCAUCUCUGUCAUCAUCGGCACCGACGUGCUCGGCCGCGGCAUCGACGUGCCCGCGGUGACGCACGUCAUCAACUACGACGCCCCCGGAGACAUCGAGGACUACACGCACCGGAUCGGCCGAACGGGUCGCGCGGGACACCAG